AUGCUUGUUAUUCGUCGUGCCACUGCUGCUGCCCCGAAGCGCGUCUUUGUUUUGCCUAUGGGGCAAAUCAUGGGUUUUAGUAACAUCCGCGACAAGGAACAAGCUGCUGAAGCCGUUUACUUCAACAAAGAGGAUGAAAAGUCACUGCGUAAGCUGCUGCAAAAGAUGAAGGGUCAGACGGAUGUCGUGGAUAAAACAGGUUUCAAAGACCAUGUGGACCACGACAAGAAGGGACUCAAGAAGAUUGCUGGUCUCAAUUUGAGCGAGGAACAAAUUGAGGCUCUGCUCAAGUGGAAGCAUCAGCAAUAA